GAACUCUCGCGAGAUUUGCGUUGUCCGCCUUUAGACUCCAUGAUCUGCUGCCGAGCGGCGCGCCGCGAUCGUCCCCGCGUGCGUACAUGACGCCUCCCCGCGCGUCGAGCGGCACUCGUAUCUCCGCUCAGAUGGACUAAGAGUGAUCUCGUGAGGAUGGAGAGCGUUAAACUGAAGAAGAGCGGCGCUCCGAGUGCGGCCUCGAGAGCCCCAGCAGAACACCUCGAUGAAGAAGAUGAUGAAGGCCAGAGAGCGUCGAACCCGCGUCAGACGAGCUCAGACGAGCCCCGCACCAGGAGCCAGAGCCCAGCCGAGCUCAGCAUGCUCAAUAAAGCCUGCAGGAGCAGCUCCAGCCUGCUGCUGAGGAAGAGGAGGGUGAAGAGGCACGUGUCCAGCAUCAGCUCGUCUCACAGCCGGAGUCUGGACCGGCAGACGCUGCUGAGACACAGAGCCAGUCCUCAGCUGCAGCUGUGUGACCGGCAGUGGGUCCAGCAGGACCUGCGGCGCGGCUCCGUGCACGUGUGGUCUCAGCCGGCCCGGCCCGUGCUGUGCACCGUGGAGAGCUCCGCGGCUGAGAUAGCCCAGCGCCUGCAGCAGGCCAGCGGCAAAUCCGGCUCGGUGCUGAGACUGACCGCCAAGAGCUGCCCGUCUACGGACGUGAACGGGAACUGCGACGGCGAGUACCCGCUUAGACACCUACACGCGGGGCCCGAGGGCCUCAGGGACCAGCCCAACGACCGCCUGCGGCUCCUGCUGCUGGAGAAGGACCACCGGUACCACCCGCAGGAGUACGACAUCUACCCCCCCUCCGGAGCGGACCGCGGCUCCCCACGGGACCAGGACUCCGUCAAGAGGUCCGCCGGCUCCGAUGUGGAGAGCAGCAGCGCUUGUGACGACCUGAGCUCCGGGGCCCGGUUCAGCCAGCACCGGGACUCGCUGAGCGACGACAUGAUCCUGGGCACGGAGGCCUCGGGCUUCGACAGCAGCGCCGCCGAGGGCCCGGACACAUACGGCAGCUCCUCGGACGAGCUGGAGCUGGACUGUGUGACGGAGCCCAUCCCGCCGGGCCCUGAGACGGAUGAAGCCGAGGCCGGUCUCACCGUCAGCGCCGCCGCGAGCAGUCCGGACACCGGCGGUGACGAAGCGGUCACGCCGUCCGAUUCGGACUCCAGCCCGGCUCUGUACGUUCAGCUGCACGGCGAGGCCGCCCGGCGCCUGGGGCCCGAUGAGAGGCCCCUACAGAUUCAGAAUGACUUUCUCUUUAAACUGGGAUUUAAAGACCCGUGGCGGGUCCAGGAGGAGGGGAUGAACACUGAGCUGGGAUCACUCCUGCGCUUCUACGCAGGAAAACCUCACAGCAUCGAGAGCUCCGAGCGCAUCCAGCUCUCUGGAACAUAUAACGUAAGGAAAGGAAAGCUGCAGCUGCCGGUGAACCGCUGGAGUCGACGGCAGGUGAUUUUAUGUGGCACUUGUCUGAUCGUGUCCUCAGUGAAGGCCAGCCAUACGGGCAAGAUGCACAUCCUGCCACUGAUCGGAGGAAAGGUGGAAGAGGUGAAGAAACACAGUCACUGUUUGGCCUUCAGCUCGGCGGGACCUCAGAGUCAGACCUACUACAUCAGCUUCGACAGCUUCACCGAACACCUGCGCUGGCACCGGCAGGCGGCUAAGAUGGUGUCUCAGAGGAUCAGCUCGGUGGAUCUGUCCUGCUGUAGUCUGGAGAAGCUGCCUCCUAAUCUUCUGUACAGUCAGGAUCUGACGCACCUCAACCUCAAGCACAACUUCCUUCCUGCUGACCAGACGCUGCUGCAGCUCCAGAGAUUCUCUCGCCUGCGGAGCCUCAAUCUCUCUCACAAUCAGCUCGGGAGCUUCCCGCUGCCCAUCUGCUCCAUCAGCUCACUGACCGAGGUCAACCUCAGCUGCAACCUCCUGACCUCCGUCCACCCCGACGUGGGCAACAUGAGCCAUCUGCAGACGCUGGUUCUGGACGGUAACCUGCUGUCGGCUCUCCCGGUGGAGCUGGGCCGUCUGCAGCGGCUGGUCUAUCUGGGUCUGUCCUUCAAUGAGUUCACACAGGUGCCGUCGGUGCUGGAGCAGCUGCCCGCCGUCGAGAGGCUCUGCAUGGCUGGGAAUAAAGUGUGUGUGCUGACGCUGCAGGCCUUCCGUCUGCUGACGCUCAAACACAUCGACCUGCGUCUGAAUCAGAUCUCGGCGGUGCUGCCGGACGAGCCGGAGUUUCUGCAUCACGUGACACAGCUGGACGUGAGAGACAACCGUCUGAGUGAGCUGGACGCGUCCGUCUUCCCGCGGCUGGAGGUGCUGCACUGUCAGAGGAACCGCCUCACACGUCUGCGUCUGCGCGGCUGCGCUCUCAAAGCCCUCUACGCCUCCAGCAACGAGCUGCAGGAGCUACACCUGAGCCCCGCCGCCGCCAGCCUCACACACCUGGACAUCUCCAGGAACUGCAUGAAGGCUCUUCCUGAUUGGCUGAGUGACAGCAGGAAGCUGGAGGUUCUGGACGUCAGUCACAAUCACAUCACUGAGCUUCCGUCCAGGCUGCUGUGCAGUGUGAGUCUGAGGAAGAUCCUGGCGAGUCACAACCAGCUGAAGCGUCUGCCGGAGCGUGUGGAGCGUCCAGUGCUGGAGGUGCUAGACCUGCAACACAAUCACCUCACCGAGCUGCCCUGCAACCUCUUCCUCAAAUCAGAGAGUUUGCGGUGUCUGAAUGCGUCUGCUAAUAAGCUGGAGAAUCUGCCGGCGUCCAGCCUUUCAGAGGAGAGCAGCAGCGUCCUGCAGGAGCUUUACCUGACCAACAACCACCUGACCGACAGGUGUGUGCCGCAGCUGACCGACACACCACACCUGAGGAAUGUGCACAUGGCCUACAAUGUUUUUUCACCACACCCACAGACUAAAAUGGCCAAGCUGGAGGAGCUGGAGGAGCUGGACCUGAGUGGGAACAGAAGCCUGAAGCUGCCCACCACCGUGAGUGACUGCAGACGCAUGCACACGCUAGCGGCUCACUCCAACUGCAUCGAGGUGUGUCCCCAUGUUUUUAAUUCAGCAGAACUGUGCUGUUGUGUGGAUCUGAGCUGUAACGAGCUGAGUGAGAUCACUUUACCUGACAGUCUACCUCGUGUGGUGUGUGUAAACUUCAAGUGGCUGGAUCUGACGGGAAACCUGCGGCUGAACCUGGACCACAAGACCCUCGAGCAGCUCAAUAACAUCCGCUGUUUCCGGAUAGACCCGCCCCCUUCCUCGUUCUCAGCCAAUGAGGCGGCAGGAGGGCCGGCUGUCUGGAGUCACGGCUACACCGAAGCCUCGGGCGUCAAGAAUAAACUGUGUGUGGCGGCGCUGUCGGUCAACAGCUUCUGCGGCAGCAGAGAGGCUCUGUACGGUGUGUUUGACGGCGACAGGAACGUGGAGGUGCCGUAUCUACUGCAGUGCACCAUGAACGACAUACUGGCCGAGGAGCUGCACAGGACCAGGAGCGAGGAAGACUACAUGACCAACACCUUCCUCGUCAUGCAGAGGAAGCUGGGCACAGCAGGGCAGAAGCUGGGCGGCUCGGCGGCGCUCUGUCACAUCCGGCACGACCCCACUGACCCCGCCGGCUGCUUCACCCUCACCGCCGCUAACGUGGGCAAGUGUCAGGCGGUGCUGUGCCGCGACGGCAAGCCGCUGCCGCUGUCACUGCUGCACAACAUCAGCAUCAAGGAGGAACACAACCGCGUGCAGCAGCAUAAAGCCAUCAUCACUGAGGACAACAAAGUGAACGGCGUAACGGACUCCACACGCAUCAUGGGCUACUCCUUCCUCUACCCAGCAGUCUUACCACUUCCGUACGUCACCACGCUCCCGCUGACCCCCAGAGAUGAGUUCUUCAUCCUGGGCAGCAGAGGUCUGUUUGAGGUCUUGGACCCCAGCGAGGCGGUGGAAGCCAUACGGAAGGUUCCCGAUGCGCUGGCGGCCGCUAAGAAGCUGUGCACGCUGGCGCAGUCGUACGGAUGCACCGACAGCCUCAGCGCCGUGGUGGUGCAGCUCAAUGUGGCCGAAGACUGCUGCUGCUGCUGCUGCGCGGCGUCCGCUGAGCCCGGCUCUGGAAGCAUGCAUGCGCCGCCGCAGCCCCCGCCGAGCCCCGGCCCGGGCCUGUACCCAGCCUCCUGCAGCGAGAUCAGCUCCGAGGUCAGUGCGUCCGAGAUGAGCUCCGAAGUGGGAUCCACUGCAUCCUCGGACGAGCCGCCGCUCCUGCUGCAGGACACACACAUACACCUUCACCCGCAGAGCCACCCGCCGCAGCUGAACCCGCGCCUCCCCUGCUGCUCGCUCCACCUCGCGCCCAACUCCGGAAGCUCCUUCCAGAGGCAGCUGUCCAGCGCCACCUUCUCCAGCGCGCUCUCGGACAACGGCCUGGACAGCGAGGAUGAGGAGCCCAUCGCCGGCGUCUUCUCCAACGGCAGUCGGGUGGAAGUAGAAGCCGACGUCCACUGUCUGCUGCCGCCUCCACCUCCUCCACCCUGCACCCCAGAAGCCCCGGAGAAGCUCCCGGAGGAGGCCGGGAAUCUUGCGGGAGCUGACGCUUGGAGCAAAACCUUAGGGAGGCGGAGGGGAAACGGCUCGGUGGCGCCGCAGGAGCAGAGCCACAACCUGAUCGAGGUGGCGACUGAAGCUCCUUCUAAGAAACCUGGGGGUUACUUCACAGCGCCGUCUCAACCCGACCCCGACGACCAGUUCAUCAUCCCUCCGGAGCUGGAGGAGGAGGUGAAGGAGAUCAUGAAGCAGCAUCAGCAGGACAAGAGCGAGCGGCCGGCGGACUGCUGCGACACGCCGCUCUGAAGCCGUCGCUGCAUUCGGUCGUCAUCUGCUCAGCCUGAUCUUCUUGCUCCUAACCCACAGCUCUUGAACGUAGGGCUGGGCGAUAUAGCAAAAAGUAAAAUCUUGAUAACAAAGUCAACUUAAAAAAAGCUUUUUUUCGAGUGCACCACACGUGUUAGAAGUCAAGUCAAAACGUCAAGGCAAUUCUAAUCAAAAUGACUCGAAGUGUAACAGCAUCAGUGUGCGAUUAUUAACAGUGAAUGAAAAUAGCAGCAGCUUUCAGUCUGUCAGCAACAUGCAAAAAUCUAAUAUCAGACAUGCACGUGUUCUUCUAUGUGAACAUGCGCUCGACGGACGUGUUUGAGCAUUGUGCUCGCGUCUUUGUGCACAUGAAAUGUGGCGCUCAGGUUAAAAGCAGCUCGAGUCGAGUCUCUUAACCUUGUGUUGUUCCUGCUCCACUGCAGCGCCUCGUGUUUCAGCGCAGAAACAAAUUCUGUGAAUAUCUGCAAUAUGUUACACUCCUUCCAAGAGCGCGUCGCACACUUUAUCAGCUGUUAGCACUGGCAGAUCAUCAGCGUGUCUAAUUCUAACGUCUGCUAAUACUUUUAUUCAAACCCGGGAAUCCUCAUAAAAUCAUUACAUUCAAAUGAAUUGAUAAAAUCGCCCAACCCUACACGCAGACUUUCACCCAAAACUAAAACUCAUUUCUUGCACUAAUGCUGCUGCUGUGGAGAGAAUCAGAAACGCUUGCUGAGUAAAUGAAGACUGAAUGAAGUGGACAGAGCGG